AUGACCGACUUUAAAUUGGGCAUCGUGCGGCUUGGCCGAGUGGCCGGGAAGACCAAAUACAUACUGAUAGAUGAGCAAGACAUACCACUGGUGGAGAGCUACUCCUUCGAGGCUCAAAUGGAAGUAGAUACCGAUGGAAAUGGUGCUAAGAUAUUUGCAUAUGCCUUCGACAUAAACCGAGGAAGGGGCUCAGGCAGGCUUCUGCAUGAGCUGCUGUGGGAACGACACAGGGGAGGUGUGGCCCCCGGGUUUCAGGUGGUACAUCUCAAUGCUGUGACUGUGGACAAUCGUCUGGACAACCUGCAGUUAGUACCAUGGGGAUGGCGACCCAAAGCUGAAGAGACCUCCAGCAAACAAAGGGAGCAAAGCUUAUACUGGCUUGCGAUACAGCAGCUUCCCACGGACCCUAAAGAAGAACAGUUCCCUGUUCUGAAUGUGACCCGGUACUAUAAUGCCAAUGGAGAUGUGGUGGAAGAGGAAGAGAAUUCCUGUACCUACUAUGAGUGUCACUAUCCUCCUUGUACAGUGAUUGAGAAGCAGCUUCGGGAGUUCAAUAUCUGUGGGCGUUGCCAGGUGGCUCGAUAUUGUGGGUCUCAGUGCCAGCAGAAGGACUGGCCUGCCCACAAGAAGCACUGUCGGGAGAGGAAGCGUCCGUUUCAGCAUGAGCUUGAGCCGGAGCGAUGA